AUGCAUCCUCAGUUGGACAAGGUCCGGUUCGACCCGUGUAUAGCGCUCAUGGACGCCUUGGAAGAGUGCCACCGCCAGGAGUUCAUGAAGAAGGCGUUGGGUAUGUGUAACUUCGAAAAGGAUGAGCUUGACAAAUGUCUUCAUCACACCCGAGUCAACAAUGCCAACGACAGAAUUAGACAGUCUAAGCUCCGGCAAAAGGAGGUCGAGCAGCGCCGAAAGGCUCGGGAAGAAGAGUUGUACGGGAAGAACAACUACUUGAAGAAGGUGAUUGAAAAACAGAUGGAACAAGAAGGAUCCAACAAAUAA